AUGUCCUACAAAUGGGAAAGUCCAAAGAACAUGCCAUCCAAGAGGGUGUUUGCCACACCACUGGUGCAUGGAGACAAUCUGUACAUCGUUGGUGGUUGUGAUGAGAAAGGAGUACCACUGGACUGCUUUGAAAUGUUCGUUAUAAAGCAGAAAAAAUGGCACCGCCUUCAGAACAUGCCUACAAAGAGGGCAGCACCUGCAGUGGCUGGAAUCGGCAACAAAAUUUUUGCAGUGGGAGGAGUGUCUGAGUCACAGACUCCGCUGGAUGUUAUAGAAGUGUAUGACAUUUCAGAGAAGAAGUGGACAACUGUUGAUCCCUUGGGAGAGAAACUGCUGGGAAUUUCAUGUGUCAUAAGAGAGAGCAAAGCUUAUUUUAUUGGAGGAAUGAUGUCCGACACAAGUCCCAGUGACAUGUUUGUGGAACUUGAUGAGUCCAACAAGUGGCAAAAACUGGUGCCUCUACCCACCCCACGAUAUGCAACAUUUGCCUUUCUUAUCAGAGACAAACUCUAUGUCCUAGGUGGUAGGCAAGGUAAAAUUCCGACUGCCGCCUUGGAAGUGUUUGACUUCUCCACAAAGAAGUGGAGCAAGCUGCCAGACAUUCCCAGCAAGCGGGUGUUUGCCAUGUAUGCCGCCAGUGACAGCCACAUCUACAGUGUCGGGGGCCUGCUGCAGCCAGCCAGUCAGGGCUUUUCUGAUGCCUGUGAGGUGUUUGAUCUACAGACAGAGCAGUGGACAGUUUGUCCACCUAUGCCGACCAAGAGAGGAGACUUUGCUGUUGGUGUUGUCGGUGGCAAGUUAGUAUGUGCUGGUGGCUUAGGCAACGAUGGCAAACCACUUAAAACAACAGAGGUAUUUGAUGUAGCUUCCAAGACUUGGACAGCCAUAGCAGACAUGCCAUCUAGUCACUGCUCCUGCGCAUACACAUUGGCCAAUCAGCAACUGUUCGUGUGUGGGGGCUUGUCUUGUCGGGGCCCCAGUAACAGUCUAGAAGUAUUAAGCUACUCAUAA